AUGACCAUAAUUUUUAGGUUAUUUAGUUUAACCUGUUUAUGAACUGUCUAACCUCAAUUGUGUAUCUUUAAUUCUUCGAAUUUAUAAAUUGUGUUAUUAGCUGGGAAGUGUACAAAAUAAGUGGGUAAUCAGAAUGGAUUUCGUUAUUGAUACAUAUGAAGAUUCAGAAGACGCCAAUUCAGAUGAUAAUCUCAAACCGUCGAGAAAUUCAAUGGAUUUUGAAUUUGUAACAGAUGAAGGGGAUGAAGAAGAUAUUCUUGAGAAUGAAGAAAGUGAAACUGAAGAAAAAUCGGAAGUAAGCAAUAUCAAAUCACCAAUAUUACAAAAAGAGGAAGAUUUAAAAAAGCAUCCUUUAGCUCAUUUAUUUGACGAGGUUGAACUGACAGUACCAAAGGUCCUUUCGAAAACAAAAAAAUCCUUUAUUGGAUUUGAUUCUAAUAAUAAGAAUGAAACUCUGGGAGAUGAGAAAAAUCAGAAAAGUAAGAAGAAGCCAGUUGAACCCCUAUCGAAAAAAUUACUAUCAGGACUUACUAACAACUUAAAAAAACAAAUUAUUCCUCUUUCAAUACAGAAUAAAAAAAAUAAUGAAAUCGAUAAACUCCUAGAAAAAUCAGAAUUACUUAAAACCAAUAUGUAUGAGGAGCCGGUAUUUUUCAGUAAUCCCAGGUUAUCCAAGAGAAAAGUUAAAAAACUGAAAAAAGAAGAGAAAGACAAAACCAAAGGUGAUAAGUGGUUCGGAUUGCCUGCAACUGAAGUAACAGAUGAAGUUAAAAGAGACUUGGAAGUGAUGCAAAUGCGUUCAGUGUUAGAUCCUAAGCAUUUCUACAAGAAAAAUCACAUGAAAGUAUUACCUAAAUACUUUCAAAUUGGUCAAGUUCAGGAUAGUCCUCUUGAUUAUUACAACAGCAGGUUAACAAAGAAAGAAAGGAAGAAAACUCUUGUAGAUGAAUUGAUGGCUGAUGCACAAUUUCAAAAAUAUAACAAAAAUAAGUAUGCCGAAAUAUUGAAAGAGAGACAGAAAACUAAUUAUAAAGAGUGGAGACAAGCAAAAAGGAAAAACAAUAAAAAGAAAUGAAUAUAUCUAUAAUUUGUUUUGUUUGAGACAUUUUUUUCAAAUUGGUAUGUUUUAAUAUUUCCUUCAAAAACAAAAUGCCAAACUUAAUGUCAAUUGAGAAGACUAUACAACACUCAAAAUCAAUUAUAUAACACUUUGUAAUUUUAUUUAUCAAUUGUUUGCUAGGAUUUUUCUUUAUCUAUUGGGUGAUAAUAAAUCAAAACUUUUUUAA